CUGGGUGAAGAUGGCUUGUGCCGCCCACUUGGUCCCGGACGAUCAGGACAGGUUCAUUUGUAUCUAUCCUGCUUAUUUAAAUAACAAGAAGACCAUCGCGGAGGGGAGGCAAAUCCCCAUAAGUAAGGCUGUUGAAAAUCCUACAGCUACUGAGAUUCAAGAUGUGUGCUCAGCAGUUGGACUUAAUGUAUUCCUUGAGAAAAAUAAAAUGUACUCUAGAGAGUGGAACCGUGAUGUUCAGUACAGGGGCAGAGUCCGGGUCCAGCUCAAACAGGAAGAUGGCAGCCUCUGUCUCAUACAGUUCCCAUCACGUAAGUCAGUAAUGUUGUAUGUAGCAGAAAUGAUACCCAAACUAAAAACAAGGACACAAAAAACAGGAGGUGGUGACCAAAGUUUUCAGCAAGGAGAGAGAAGUAAAAAAGGGAAAGGAAAGAAGAAGAAGUGACCGGAUUUGAGAGUCAAUCAAGUCUGGUACUACUGUGAUAGACAGUGAAUGAAGGCUUCUAAUUUAUAUCUCAGAGAAACGGAAGCUUAUUAUUUGCAUCAUUUAACCGAACUAUGGACAUCUCUGCCUCCCAGCUUCAGCAUCAGAGUUGACAGUGAAGUAAAUAUACAUCAGAAGUUUGCAUCUAGCUUUUAUGUAGUAUAAAAGAAAAUUUUUUUUGCCUUUCAACACAGAGUUUU